GAGGGCCGGGAGUUCGGAGGGGGAAAGGGAGGAGCCCGCGCCGGGGCGACCAAUCGGAGGGCGCAGCGAGAAGGACCCGAGGGCCGGCGGCCAAUUAGGAGAGGCGUUGGUUUCGUCCCGUCGCGCUGCCGGCCCGAGGCGGGAGCCGGGCGACUGAGGGCCGAGGACCAGGCGCGUGGGCGCCCCAAGGGCUCCGGAUCGGCCCAGCCGGGGACGGCAACGGCGGCGCGGGCGGCGCGGGGCAGCCUCCGAGCUCCCGGGUCUUGGCCGGAGGCCUCUGUCCUCCGCUUCCUCCUGCUCCGGCGGCCGCGCAUGCGCCCGGCGCUCCAUGGAGUCCGGAGGUCCCGGGGAGUCCGGGGAACACUUCCUCUACUUCGCUUACGGCAGCAACUUGCUGAAGGAGCGGCUGCGGCUGCACAACCCCUCGGCCGAGUUCUACUGCGUGGCCCUGCUGCAGGAUUUCAAACUUGACUUUGGAAAUUUUCAGGGUAAAACAAGUACCUCUUGGCAUGGAGGUAUAGCUACUAUUUUUCAGAGCCCUGGAGAUGAAGUUUGGGGAGUCGUAUGGAGAUUGCAUGUGAAAAAUAAAAGUUCUCUGGAUGAACAAGAAGGAGUUGCAAGUGGCACGUAUAUUCCAAUUCAAGUUAAGGUUUCCACUCAAGAAGGGAAAGUGUUAACCUGUCGAAGUUACCAGAUGAAUGAUUAUAUCUCUGCACCCCCCUCACCACAGUAUAAAAAGGUCAUCUGCAAGGGUGCCAAACAGAAUGGCCUUCCCACCGACUAUCAGAAGAAGUUAGAAGAAAUCGAAACAAAUCACUACAAAGGUUCCAUGGAAAUUCUUAAAGAAAUUGAAGCCAUCAUCAACGAACCGUUAUAGCAGACAUUCUAAUGGAUGUAUAUCUAACCUGUCUUUUUGCCUCUUAAUUUAUUUCCAUUACUGUCUCUCCUUGCCACUUUUGCAUUUUUUAAUAUCUGAUAGGAUGAAUCUCAAAUUGUCCAUAGGAACUUAUUCAGGUGAUAUCACUGCGUUCCUAUCCUUUAUCACCAUUUUCUGAAAUGCUGCUACCCAUUUAUAAUUUCUCUUGUUUCCAGCUUCCCGCGGACACUGGGGUCAAGGCUGGGCCCUCAGUCUAAAGACAUUGUAAGAACUGUGUGGGGUGAGAUCCUUCUUUGGACACAGGCCAUGAUUUUAGGUGUGGUCCCUCAAUAGAGAAGGGGACACCAACCGACUUCCCCCAGAGUCCAUGGGGGGUCACUUCCUUUUGUUUAGCCAGGGUGGGGAAAGUGGAGAUUGCUUUAGCUAGAGGGUAAUUUGGAUAAUAAAAUGAAUCUGAAUGACCUGUUACAGUUAGAGGAAUAAAUGUACCUUAUGAUUCCAUAUUGAUUUGAUUCUGUUCUAGGAAGAAGUAAAAGUUUUUAUCUGAACCA